UUUAUAUUAUUUUUGAAAUGUUUUUGUAUUAUAGUUUAUUUUACUUAGUUAUUAUACAAUUAUUAAUGAUUUAAAAUCCGGAAGUGCACAAAUAAACAGUGAAAGAGGUGGUAUUAAUAGUGACGUGAACAAAAUAAUAUUUAUCAAUAUGUGGAUGUUAACCAAUCACACGGCGUUAUGUUGGGCGCCAAAAAUACUAGUAUUAAAAAUGGUACGUCGUAAAGGCUUGGUGCUGGGAAUGCUGUUGCUGACAUCGAUGUUAGCAGCGUUGCCGGCGGGCUGGUGGCUGGCGCGCACUGUCAGCCGGGGCCUGAUGCUGCCCGCCCCGCCGCCGCGCGACCUCACGCAUUACAUGCGUACUAAAAGUCUACGUGACUACUUGUUAGAUAUUGAUAUUCUGGUCGAGCCAGCGAGGACCUCGUGCGACACGCUGUCUAAUAUCCCGGUGCUGGUGAUGGUGACCAGCGCGCCGAUGCAUUUCGACUACCGCAACGUGAUCCGAAAGACCUGGGCAAAGUACCAGCCCACACUCUUCAUCAUGGGCCUGCAUAGGACUCAUAGCGAGAGCAUACUAGGUGGUAACUACUUGGAGUCGAAGCAAUUCAAUGACAUUUUGGUGUUUGACUUCUACGAUCAGUACCAAAAUUUGACUUUAAAAACUGCUCUGAUGCUGAAAUGGGCGUCGGAGAAAUGCCCGCAGGCGAAGUUCCUCUUUAAAACGGAUGACGACGUCCUGGUCAAUCCCUGGAUGUUACAGAGGGUUAUAAAAGAUCACCCACGAGCACAACUCCUCGGUUACAGUAUAAACAAAACAAAGCUACAUAGGGAUGAAUACAAUAAAUAUUACGUACCUCGGUGGCUGGCCAGAGAUGAUUUCAUACCACAAUAUCUCUCCGGAACUGGAUAUCUUAUUAACGGAGCUUAUAUCAAAAAGAUCUUACAGACAGCAUACUUAGUCCCCAUGGUGAAUGUGGAAGAUGUCUAUAUCACAUACCUGGUGGCAAAGAAGACGCUCAACUUGACCCUCACUCAUGACAGGAGGGUCAGCCCCAUGAGGCCCUGGGUGACCUUCAGUUGUUUAUACUGGCAUUUAGCAGCUGCUCACAGUGUCAGACCUUCGGAGAUAUUAAAGAUAUGGCCCAGUUUGAAGAUAAUUGGAAAGGAAUAUAACAGAAAGAAAAAAGUUUGCUUUGGAUAUGAAUUUUUUAAUAAAGAUAUAUUUUUGUAUUGAAAAGUCCUGGGAAAAUAAUUUUUACACUUGAUAGAAAACGAAAUAACGCGCCGAAGUUGACAGUGUUGAGGGUCGAAGUCUUAAAAAAAUGUGGAUAACAAAGAGAACUAAGAUACCUAUUUACGUGUAUUGUUGUUGUUAUUGAAUGUGACGUUAAUGUUUGAAUGUAGCUAGAUUUUAUACGUUAUUUUUUAAUUUGUAUGUUUUAUUUAAUUUUUUAAU